GUGCAAACGAUGCAAAUCCCUAUUAAGGUCAUGUGAUCUCGUGUCGGGUUUCGUGACGGCGAGUCUUGUCUUUUGAGUGAACAUGCUUGUUCGAUUAUUACAUAGAAAGAGGGGUUUUCUGGGUUUGGUUUGGAUAUUCUCAUGCGUAUCCAUUCGCCCCUGGCAGCAUGUCCCUGUUGGACUACUGGGACACCCUGCGGCCGUCCGUGAAGCGCAGAAAAAUUGAUACUCCGAGUCAGAACGACGUCGUUGCUAACACGGAUAGAACUGAUGUGGAGACGCCAGAGACCCCGGGCACACCUUUCACUAACUUAGACAUCUCGUCUCCGGUAUAUACACCGUACAUAGACCAAGACCCUGCACAAAACGAUCUCCCCUUUCCUGCUAGCCAGACGGAGCUCGAGUCGUCGCUCCCCGCCAUCGACACGGAUAGUCAUGCAAUUGAGGAGUACGAGUCUUCUCAAGCCAUCGUAGAUCAUGAAGAAGAGGAAUCUGGACUACAGGAGCGAUUGCAAAAUGGCAAGUGGCGAAAAGGGAAGAGCUCCAUCUACGUGGAUGCGUUCAACCUAGCGCUGGAGACUGUGCUAGAUGAGGAGGCGCAUUUAUUCGACGAGGCGGAAAUGGAGGUCUUCACACAGUGGAAGGAGCUGCCGUACGAGUCACAGUAUCUCUACGUGCGACUUUUCCUCCGUAAGACCUCAGCGUGGCACCGGAUCAAUCGACUGGGGUACUACUCCGAUAUCUCGGAUCUAUCUUCCGUAGUAGACGACCUCCAGCGGGACCGGAGUCUCCCAGUCAGCUCAAGGCCAGCGGGCGAAACCCCCGCCGGUAUCGAAAACCCAGAUGCCAUUAAUCUCGGCAGCGAGUUCCGCUUCGCCGACAAAACAGAAGAGAUCACCACUCUCGAAGAGGCCUCAUCACUGCUCCUCCUAGAUGAGCUCAAGACCAUCGCCAAAGACGCCAAAGUACAGGGUAAAAGUAAGAAAGAGCUCCUGACAGCCCUGCACCGCGUCAGCCAGCAACAAACCGGACUCGACUGGACCAGCAAAGCGACCGCCAACCGGGACGGACACUUCAUCCAGAAGAUCCUCGACUACACGGGCGAUUGUAUCCGACUUGCCUCGGGCCCGCGGGCCCUCUUCGAGCGCGUCCAUCUUGUCUUUUAUAGGUCGACCGAGUGGACGGAGAAAUCCCUCACCACCAUCAUCCUGGCGAAGACCUCGCGGAAGAAUUUUCCCGAAUAUGUCGUUUGUCGGUCGAGUUCGAUCUUCCCGUCGAGAGAGUUCUUGCUGGAGUUCGAAGCGGCCCUCCGAACGCAGUUCCAGAUAGAUAGCGUCCUCGAGUUCAGCGGGACGCCCACUGUGGAGUCGCUGGAGCAGAUCCGAGAUCUCGCGUACAAGGUUCACCCCCGAUGGAAGAUCCUGCUUGAGCAAGAGCAGCGAAAAGAGGACUCCGUGUACGAGAGGGGGGAGGGCGCUUACCUCCGUCGGUUCUCACCCGCUUGGGUCUAUACCAGAAUCAUUCACAAGGGUCUCUACCCGCUCGGCCGGUUCAAGGCGUAUAAAGAAGAGCAUAGUCUCCUAUCUGAAUUGCUGGGCCAGCGCCUCUUCCACGCCGCGCGACGCGGCUCAUGGUACCAGCGCAAGGCGCUCCUGGAAGAACACUACAUGUGGGCCCUGAUGCCAUCCGACGGACGCAGCGAAGAAGCCCAACGGAAACACUGGCGACGAAUUGCCCUGCAAACCUGUGAAGAGGGCCUCCAAGACCCGGACUGCCACUUGAUCUCGCACCACGAUCUCCAGAAACGGAUCAUGAAGCUCGAGAAAGCGCUCAAGGUGGUCAAACGGGAGCAGCACGAUUUCAGCCACGUCAUGCUCGCCAAACCCGCAGGACGGAUUGUCGAGGGCAUCCGCAUCGACCGCGAGAAUUCGCCCAGCGCACAACAAGACGACGCGACGUCCCGGCGCGGUCGACCGACCGUCUGGCUUGACGAGCGAGACGGCGGCGAAUGCCGGGUGGAAAGCAUGUGCUUGAGCUGGUAUCGUGACCAGGGCUGGAAGGGGUAUCAUUCCGAGGGAGGAAUUGUCCGGACUCUGUUCAGCUACCUCUUCUACGAUAUCCUCUUCACCUACGUCCCCAACGUCUUCCAAACCCCCUUCCAAACCUGCCCCUUAGACCUCCACACAGACUCCUUCUACGCCACCCGCGCAUCGGAAAUCAACCACCGCCUCGUAGAAAUCACCAACGGUGAAUCCGAGCGCAUCGUCCGGGCCGUGCACGCCCGCGAAUCCCCCCGAGAACCCUGCGCCAUCGGCAUCGACUGGAGCUUCGAGCUGGAUGACCUCGUCGACAUCGUGCGGUGCUUCCGGGGUGAGGCGCUCGCGGCCAUCUGCCAGGUGUUGGCGCAGGAGUACCAGCAGCGCGGGGGAGGGAUUCCAGAUCUGUUUCUGUGGCGGACGGAGAGUCGGGAGGUGAUGUUUGUGGAGGUGAAGAGUGAGAAUGAUCGGUUGAGUGAUACGCAGCGAUUGUGGAUUCACGUGUUGGGAGGUGCUGGGGUGAGGGUUGAGUUGUGUAAUGCGGUUGCAAGGGAGGUAAGACGUGUAUAAUAUAAAUGGGAUAGUGGUAUGUAUAUAUUGUGUCGUACAGAUACGGAUUGUAGUGCCAUAUUGAUAUUAUACCAUUACAUACAUACGACUACAAUUUCAGAGGGAUCAUAUAGAUCUCUGC